CACAAGAUGGCCGCCGCGCGCCCGGAGCCCCCGAGUCUGGGCUCAGCGGCCCCGGAGCCGCGAUCCCCGGAGCCGCCGGACCUGGUCCUGGUGCCUGAUGAUGGCCGCCCCACCACACCCCCGAGUGACCUCAUCGAGAUCCAGGUGGUGAAGGUGACAGACACCACGCUGGUGCCUGAGCCCCCGGAGCCAGGUUCUCUUCACUGUGCCUUGUGCCCAGCUGCCUUCCGGCUGGUCUCCGAGCUGCUGUUCCACGAACAUGGCCACCUGGCGGGGGCUGAGGGCGGCGGGCAGGGUGGGGACCCCAGCCGGUGUCACGUGUGUGGCCACAGCUGUCCGGGCCCCGCCAGCCUGCGUGCCCACUACAGCCUGCACACGGGAGAGCGGCCCUACCGCUGCGCCCGCUGUCCCCGGGCCUUCAAGGCCCUGGCGCCUCUGCUGCGGCACCAGCACCGGCACGGGGUGGAGCCGGGGACCUCUCAGAGGCCCUCAGAGGCGGCCGCGGCUCGGGAGCAGAGGCCGGGGGUGCCCCGGGAGAGGUCGGAGGUGGUGAUGGCGGCGGCGGCGGCGGGCGCGGCGGUGGGGAAGCCGUUCGCCUGCAGGUUCUGCGCCAAGCCGUUCCGCCGCUCGUCGGACAUGCGCGACCACGAGCGCGUGCACACGGGCGAGCGGCCCUACCACUGCGGCGUCUGCGGCAAGGGCUUCACGCAGUCCUCGGUGCUGAGCGGCCACGCGCGCAUCCACACGGGCGAGCGCCCCUUCCGCUGCGCCCUCUGCGACCGCACUUUCAACAACUCCUCCAACUUCCGCAAGCACCAGCGCACCCACUUCCACGGGCCGGGGCCCGGGCUGGGAGACCCUGGAAGCCAGCUGGCCUCGGGGGCCGAGGGGCCAGGGAGUGGGUGCGGCGCAGGAAACACCCUGGAAGAGGGCUGUGGGGGGACGGUGAGGGUGAAGGUGGAGGUCGACCAGUAGGCUGGCAGAGCAGGGCCGCUGGGGCGCUAACGUGGGAAGGAGGAGGCAGACUGCAGGGGAAGCAGGGUGGGAAAAGGAGAUGGGGGACAGAAGAGGGGAGACUGGAGGAGAGAUGACCUAAGAGCUGAGAGAGGUAGUCAUGAGCAGCUAGUGUUGGAGAGCGGAGGGAGGACUCGGUGCAGGACGCCCACAGACCCACACAGCACCUCCGUGAGACUCCGAGAAAGGCGCGGAUGCCGCGCUGUGGGUGCCCAGCUAAAUGCGAGGAACAAGGGCUGGAUUUCAUUGCCCCAUUUGCCUGCUCAUUGGGUUGUCCUUGUGCAAGACACAGCUUGUCUCAGCAGAGCCUGGGCCCUCCAGAUGGGGAGCCAGGGUUGAGUGGAAGGGGCAGAAUCAGGGUGUGCCAUAGUGUCCCUGGGCCAGCCCUUCGUCUGCAGAACCCUGGACUAUCUUGGGGGCCCCUAGGGUGGACCGGGAUGGAACCUUUUGCCUACCUCACUGGAUUGCACUGAACAUGGGACGCCGACCCACCCUCAGGCAGAAGGCGUCUGCCAGGUUCUCCAUAAAGAGACUCUGGAUCCCAUCACCUCGAAGCCUGAGGGUCCCCAAGUCAUAGCCGAGAGCACUCGAGCCUCAAGGAUGUAAGCCUGGCCAUAAGGAUCUUGACCCCAAGAGCUGCUGCCCCCCGCUCCUGUGGUGGUCCCUCCUUCACCCACCCAGACUCCUUUUCCAAGGCAAAUGAAAACCCGGACAGCCAACAGCCACUUGAUAUCCCCCUCCUAAAGCUUUAGGCUCAGAGCACAUGGCCCCCCAGGUCUACACAGUAGCCUCAGGUUUCUCCAGUUUCCUCCACUCCCAAUUUGAAGCAAAUGGUCUACUGCCUGGUCCCACGCUAUCCCAAGGAAGGGCUGGCGGAUGGCGCUGUGGUUGUGGGUGUGGAAUGAGUUGAGGCACUGGUGGGGUUAAGAGCAGGACUCGGGAGCUGGAGGUCGGAUGCCUCCAGUUUUAUUCCUAUUAAAGGACUUUGUGAAGGGUU